UCUUUCUUGGUGCCUGUGUUUUCCUGUCUCUCUACACAGAAUCCUCUGUUGGCUGUGUUCUCCGUGGGGCUUUGUUUCUAGCUGUUCUCUGACCAAGGGCUUGUUCUGUGCAGCUCAGCUCUUAUCCUCUUUGUUCAGCCUCUGGCUUCAACCACUGAAUCACAAAUAUUCUCCAGCUGGGAAUCAGACAAGGGCAGACAUGAACCCAGAAGCCCAACAGGAUGUUUCAGUUUCCCAGGGAAUUCGCAUGAUGUUUUAUAUGAUGAAGCCCAAUGAAACGUCAUUCCAAACCCUGGAAGAGGUGCCUGAUUAUGUAAAGCAGGCAACCCCAUUUUUCAUUUCCUUAAUGCUUCUUGAACUGGUCGUCAGCUGGAUUCUCAAAGGGAAACCACCAGGUCGUUUGGAUGAUGCAUUGACAUCAAUAUCAGCCGGCAUUUUUUCUCGGCUUCCAAGCUUGUUUUCUAGGAGCAUCGAACUGACCACUUACAUUUAUAUCUGGGAGAACUACAGGCUCAUCAGUUUGCCUUGGCAUUCUCCAUGGACUUGGUAUUUAACUUUCUUAGGAGUUGAUUUUGGCUACUACUGGUUCCAUCGCAUGGCCCAUGAGGUUAAUAUCAUGUGGGCUGGACACCAAACCCACCACAGUUCUGAAGACUAUAACUUAUCCACAGCACUGAGACAAUCUGUUUUCCAAAUAUAUACUUCCUGGAUAUUCUACUCUCCCCUGGCCCUCUUUGUACCACCUUCAGUAUAUGCUGUUCAUCUUCAGUUCAAUCUUCUCUACCAAUUUUGGAUCCACACAGAGGUCAUCAAUAAUCUUGGUCCUUUGGAACUGAUUAUUAAUACUCCUAGCCAUCAUAGGGUUCAUCACGGCAGAAACCGUUAUUGCAUAGACAAAAAUUAUGCCGGUGUUCUUAUUAUAUGGGAUAGAAUUUUUGGGACAUUUGAGGCAGAAAAUGAGAAAGUUGUAUAUGGUCUAACACAUCCCAUUAAUACAUUUGAACCAUUCAAGGUGCAGUUCCACCAUUUAGUUUACAUAUGGACUACAUUCUGGGCCACACCUGGAUUCUUCAACAAGUUUUCUGUCAUAUUUAAAGGACCAGGAUGGGGUCCAGGUAAACCAAGACUUGGACUGAGUGAAGAAAUCCCAGAGGUCACGGGGGAGGAAGUUCCCUUCUCAUCAUCGGUGUCUCAUCUAUUAAGGAUCUAUGCAGUUGCACAGUCUGCUUUGAUGCUAGCAUUUUAUGAAGAGACCUUUGCAGAUAAAGCUGCACUAUCACAGGUCACACUCCUUCUGAGGGUUGCCUUCAUUAUCCUGACAUUGACCUCCAUUGGAUUUCUUCUGGAUGAAAGACCUAAGGCAGCUGUUCUGGAAACUUUCCGUUGCUUGGUAUUCCUCAUGUUGUAUAGAUCUGGUCAUCUGAAGCCUUUCAUUCCUUCUUUGUCAUUUGCCUUUGAGAUUUGGAUUGGUACCAUUGACUUCAUAGAAUUGUUGGACAAGUUAUAUCGCCUAACGUUUAUAAAGAAAAAGUAG